CCCCCUUUUCUCUGUGUGUCUCACUUCUUUUUCUGGUGGUGCCGGGUCCGCUGCUGCACGCCCGCCCGUGAGUGUGCUGUCUGCUCCUGUGUCUCGUUCGUCGUGCACACAGGACGAGAAGCACCCCUUUUCUUGCUUGCUCCUUUUUGAUUAUUAAAAAAAGGGAAAAAAAAAAGAUCCGUAUGUGUGUGUGUUUCUUUUUUAUAUUCCCCCCGGCACACAGAGUCACACACACUCACACAACUACUCUGCUGACUUGUGUUGUUCUUGUUUGCGAAACAUUUCUUUCAUUCGACAACACACCACCACCGCAGUGCGAGCGGUUUGUGCCCAGGCCUGAUCGGUCUGGUGAGCCUCACACCAACACACAUUUUACUUGCUACACAUUAUUUUGACGGGGGGAUCUUUACUGCUGCUGCUCACUCCAUUUUUGUUUCGCCAAAAUAAUUCGUCCACCGACUGUUUUGUCAUUUCGGCAAGUCGUUAUUGAGAGAAAAAAGUGAGUGUGUGUGUGAAUGACCAAGUGAGUUUCUUCUUUCAGUUUUGCCCAUCUAUAACGCACACUCUGGCCCCCACUAAAGAUCAUGGAGCCGCUGCUGCUGAGUAAGAUUGAUCGGAUAUUCAACUCGCUCAGACCUCAGAAUCAUCCAAGCCUCCAUCACUCGACGUUGGAGUGAACUGUUUUUCUUUAUUUUUUCUUUUUAUUUAUUUUCUGGGGGGGUGGGGAAUUUCAAAUAACUUUUUCAAAGUACAAAUAAGAAAGAAAAGAGUCGGUCGGUCGUCGACGGGGGGUUUUGAACGGAUCCUUCCAUGAUGAAUUAUCCAGUUUGGCCGGAUUCGGCCGGGGUGGCCGGUUACUCUCGGACAUUGCUGGGCCAAGGUGGAGGCGGAAUGCGGUCGUCGUUGGCUCCACCGCCACCUCCUCCGCCUGCAGCCGCCUCAAGUGCCGGGACUGCCGAUGAAGGAGGCACCAACAAAUGCAACCCGCCGAAAUAUAACGUCACCAACGGAGGAACGGACCCGACAACUAUUCAACGCUCAGCCAAUCACCAUUCAUCUUCUUCCGCAGCCGGCGGAUCCUCGUCGUCCUCGGCGGCCCGUUUGAAUAAUGGAGACGAUUGUGGCAGCAGUGGCGGCGGUGGUAGCGGCGGAGGAGCUCGAGGCCAUCAGCUCCCCUCGGCGGACAAAUACGCCCCGCUGUCUUCCUUUACCGACGACGACAGUCUCCUCAAGGUGGCGACACAUUUUCUCAGCGGUGGAAACGGCCAGGGUCGACACUACAUGCCUAUUGCCCGCGAUUACUCAACAUUGAGCUAUUCCUCGGGCGUUUCCGUCAGUACAGCCGGCUCCUAUUGUAAUCCCGGCCAGCAGCAGCAGCAGCAACAACAACAGCAGCAACAACAACAACAGCAGCAGCAGCAACAACAACAGCAAGUUGCGGCCCUCUCGUUGGAACGACCGGGGGGUACGGCACGCAAUCCUCAUACUUCAGAUGGUGGUCCGGGAGCCGGAAGCCGGAUAUCUUCAGCGUCUAGUUCGGAUAAUGGAGGACCGAAUACGGCCGGCGGCGCGGGCCAACCCAACCCGUUACUCUCUCCGUGCAGCGUCAUGGAAGAAGCCUCGAGUCCCGGCUCGACGACCAGUCAAUUAUCCUAUUUGGGUGCCCUACAAAGUCCGGCCAAUUCCGGCCUGACUCCGCUCGGCUUCCCAGCUCCGUACCUUUUAACCAAAGACGGUGCCGGAUUGGCCGCUGCGGCCGCAGCUGCCGCCGCCCAAGCUGCUCACGUCGCUGCCCAGCAGGUCGGGCACGGUGGUGGGCAUGGAGGGCAUGGUGGACAUGGCGGCGGCGGAGGACACGGCCACAGUGGACACGGUAGCGGCAUAAGCGGACCCAAACAGAAGAAAGAACCUAAACCGGGCAGUGAUGUUUGUGGACGUGGAUUCAAACAAAAGGCGACGUUGGCUCAGCACGAAAGGACCCACACGGAUGAACGACCGUUCGAUUGUCCCGAUUGCCACAAACGCUUCCGUCAGCAGUCUCACUUGGUGCAGCAUUUACGGAUUCAUUCGGACGAGCGACCCUAUGGAUGCACCUACUGCGAAAAGGCGUUCCGUCAGAAGGCGAUACUCAACCAGCAUAUCCGGAUCCAUACGGGCGAGAAGCCGUACGUUUGCCCACAGUGCACUAAAUGCUUCCGACAGAAAGCCAUACUUAAUCAGCACAUCCGGACGCACUCGGGCAAACGCCCCUACUCUUGCCCGGACGCCAAGUGCAAGAAGAAAUUUGUCGAUCAGGCGUCGAUGGAGAAACAUUUCAAAAAGCAUAUCGAGGAUGACCAGCAGCAGUUGCUGGCCGAAGCACGAGGCGGACCUGGGAUGAGGUCCACCAACGCCGGAGGACGCAACAAUGCCAAAGGAUUGUUGCGGGUCAAAUUGAACAAUUCUGACCGACCGGCUACAACUUUCAGCCGCGUCUUGGCGCCUGGCGCCGGCGGGAUCUCGACUCAGGACCGGGCCACAUCUCCUUUCCCAAUCAACAUGAUGACCCGCCCUGGACAAAACAAUAACAACAACAACAAUAAUAAUAAUGCCGCGUCGGGCGCUCCUACUCCGGCCGGAACUGCUUCCGCUUCUCCUGAACGGAUGGCCGACACUCCGGCUGCUAGCCGGAUUGAAUUAGCCGCCCACGAAGGAUCAUCUCAACAAGCACCGCCCACUUACCUGACUCAUCACGGGCACCAUCACCACCACCAGGCGGCUGCAGCCGCAGCAGCCGCCAGCAAUCCAGCUUCCGGCCCUUACCAUUUUGUUCCGUUUCCUCACCGACCCUACCACUAUGAUCUGCUGAGUCUCGGUUCCAUGGGUCAAUCCAUGUACGGCGGCGGAGGUAGCAAUAACAAGAUGGCCGAGCAGCAUGCAGCAGCCAAAUACCGCUCGGAUGCUUUGGGCGAGGCUCCUCACAGCCAACAAAUGGGAGGCGCUAUGGAUAAGGAGUGCGUCGGAGGUGCCAACAACAAUAUGGCAACCAACUACACGGUUAAUGGAAGCGUCCAAAAGGAUAGUGUUCCUUAAAGGAAAAGGAGAAGAAAGUUUUGGGGAAAUUUAAAACCUACCGACAGCUAGAAAUGACGACAACUUUAAAGUAUAUAUCUCUCCUUUUCUUCUUUUACAUUUUUUCAAAAAAUAUCAACACAUCAUUUUGACACAUGUAUACCCCCCACCCCCACCCCUCCCUUUUUGCUGGCGGCUGAUAUGCAAAAGAAAAGAGAGAGAAUUCACUUAGAAGGAAGUUUUUUUUUAACGGGAAAAAAAGAAUUUCCCUCCGCUUUCAAAAAAGACGGAAUUGUUGUGUGCCACCCGGUGAAACGUUUUGUGCCGCCGUUCUCGCGGCUUAAAAAUUAGAAAUAAGGUAAAAAACAUUUGACAAAUGGAGUUCGAGAAAACCAGCCUUCAGGCCAUGUUCCUAUCAGUUUAAAAAAUUGUUAACCUUUUUCCCCUUUUUAUUUUUUAAUUAUUCAUUUGUUUUUAAGUAAAUUUACAAAAUUCAUAGGAAAGGAUGCCAUUUUACAGGGGCAUACAACUUGUUUCAUAUGAACUAAUUUUCAGAAAAGACAAGAAAAACAUUUCUUUUUUAAAUCUCUCUCUCUCUCUCUCUCUCUGUCCCAUCGUCCGGGACUUAUUUUUUUCUUCUUUGUCUGUUGCGUUCAAAGUAUACGAGAAAAAAGUGAAAACAGACAACACACACACAAAGCACACAUUAGACGAAAGUUUGAAGUGAUUUUUCAAAAAAAUCCGUGUGUCAUUGUCAAUGUUGUCGUCGUUUUUCCUUUUUUCGUAACCGUUUGCAGGGUGUCUUUUUUCUCUCCUCAUUAUCUCCUUUUUAUUAUGAUAACCGAUGGGUUCAAAAAAGGGAAAAAGUGUAGGUUCUUUUUUUUUUUAUUUCGUGUCGCAUGUUCCUCCUCCUCCACUAUAUUUGAAAAUGUCUAGACAUUUUUUUUUAACGAGAAAUAAAGGAAUCAAAGUUAGUAGACGGAUCGAUCAACUAGGAGGCAGACGGAAGUAUCGAUCGGAGUCGGGGACGUGUGUGUCAUGCCAAAAGCGAGAGCUCGCCGUUGUUGAAUUUCUGUCUUUUUUAGACAACAAUUUUGUUUAUUUCUUUUGACAAGAAAUCGCUUUCAACUGCAGUUUUAUUUUUAUUUUCUUUCCUUUUUUAAUUUGUCGUCGCUAGGAAAUCCGGGGGCGAUUAGUUCUUCCUUUAUCUCCCUUUUUUGCAAUUAGCUUCAACCCGCCAAAUGCAGCUCAAAAGACGCAAAAAGGGGAAAAUGGCUUCCAGAUCACAGUUUUCUUUUUCAUUUUAAUUUUUUAAAAGACGAUGAAAAUCUGGCGCUAUUUAGUAGCAACUUUAUUUUGUUGUUUUAUUUCAUUUCCUAAGAAUGAAAACAACAAUUGAGAAAAACAAAAUUAUCGGGGUGCCAUGUAGGUUUCAAUUCUUAUUUUAUUUUUAUUUUUUUCGGAAAAACGGAAUGAAUGAAAAAAUAAUUAUUUAAUUAAUUGAUUUUUUCUGGUUGAUGGGGGUUUCGGUCGGUGUCUGCUGGAUGGAAACCAUAAAUCUUUCAUUGUCGCUUUGUGAUACGAAAGAGGUGUAGAGAAUGGUUUACUUUUAUUUUUGAAUUUCUCCAACUUUUCUUCUUCUUCGAUUAAAAAAAUUAAUUUUUAUUUUUAUUCAAUUCACUGGGCACGUUGUUAAAAACAGCUGAAACAGGUAUGAACCGUCGUUCAAAAUUUUUCGAAUUUAUAGCCAAGCAAAGAAUUUCAAAAAAAACCAAGAAAAAUUGGCUGACUAAGAUUUUCCCCCCAUCUUUUUGGAAUAUAUAUAUAAAUAGCGUAGAGAAGGUUUAUAUAUAUAUUAUUAUUUUAGUCUAUGGCGUGUGUUUUAAACAAAAAACUUCCGAUAAGAAAUUUUUCAAACUCUUCCGGUUCCUCCCACCCGAGAAAAAGAAAUCUGUUAAUUGUCUUUAUACCACUUUUAUCUCUUUUCCUUUCAAAGUAAAGAAGAAGCAAACACUCCCGACUGUGAUGUCAUCACGUUUGUUACUCGACAGGAAGCUAAAAAAAAAGAAAACUAAAUCACGAUAAUGUUGCUCCCCCCCCCCUCUCAUUCAUCCUAUUUCUUUUAUUCCUGUACACACACCCACCAAAACAAUCCACCCCCACAAAACAAGGAAACACACAAACACACCGGUUUUAUAGUUGUUCUCCAUCAUUGAAAUUUCAAACGAAAUUUUUGAGUUCUUUUUCGACAGUGUGUGUGUGUGUGUUUGUCUCUCAACAAAUCAAUUCGUUUUUAAUAACUAAAUUAGGCCUACAUCAGACAAAUUCUAUUAUAAUAAUUUAGCUUUAUUUUUUAUUAUUAUUAUAAUUUGUUUUUAUUGUGUUGAGGAAGGGAAAAGAAGGAGAAAGGAGAAGGAGAAGAAACCGAUUUUUUAAAAUUAAGAGAAAGAGAAAAAUGAAUCGCGUCCGCCACACGUGUUUUGUAUACGUACACACCUCUGCCUUGAAAAAGAAAUUAAAACAAGUUAAAAAUUAAGAGAAUUGCUAAAGAAUGAUUUGUGAAAGAGAUGAUAACAAGUUAAAGAUGUUGAUGAUGCGUCUCCCGCUGGUUCGAUUGAUCUUACGUGUCUCUUUAUAAUAAUAAUUUCGUGCGUGUUACUUUUUAUCUCGUUGUUAAUUUGGUUGUUCAUUUUUUUUAUAUAUAUAUAAAAAUUGAUCCUUGAUGACGUGCUUGAUUGUAUGAAUUUUUUCUCCUGAAUUUUUCUCGUUUGUUUCAAAAAAAAGUUUUCUUUGUUUUUUAAUUAAGAUCCCUUCGCCUGCCCUUAUUCUCAUCCGCAUGGUGUCGCGGAAGUAAAACACACACACCCUCCACAAACAAUGUUUUGCAAAUAUCUUUUUUUCUUAAUUUUUAUUAUUUUUGAUUUUCCCGAGGUCUACAAGGUACGGAUGAGCGGAAAGAAAGGAAAAAAAAACAUAAAAUGAAAAAAUCUAAAACAUUAAAAAAAUGUAAAAUAAAAAUCCAAAAAAAAUGUGAAAGGAAAAAGAAAAGGAAGAAAAAAUACCUAGUGCUGUUGCGGAUUCACAAAUAACACUGCCACGUGGCUUCGAAUACACUAGAAUGUGCAAGUCCGA